AAAAUUAUAUUGAGGAAACACAAUCCAUUCAUGAAGAAAAUUAUAUUGAGGAAACACAAUCCAUUCAUGAAGAAAAUUAUGUUGAGGAAAUACAAUCCAUUCGUAAAGAAAAUUAUGUCGAGGAAAUACAAUCUGCCUCACAUAGAACCUAUAAUUACCAUAUAAGUUGUUAUCGCACUCCUCAAAAUCAUUCUCAUAGUUUCAUGGGUGAGCAAAGAGAAAGAGAAAGAAUAGCUGACGAAAGAGCUGAAACAACCAACAUUAUAGAUAAUUCUGUUGAAGAAUUUACACCAUCAGAAAUUGAAUCUAAUGUAGCAGAAGUAGUAAUUGCAAUAGAAGAUAAUGUUGAUGGGACAGAAGAAGAGAGAGAAGUGGAAAUGGACAAGGACGAGGAUGAAGUUUGUAGAGGAGCAAGAUGGACGUGA